AUGGCAAGUAAAAAAAGAGAAAGUGAAGAACUCAAAGAGGCCAUUACAUCUUUGGAACAAAGAGUAGAUGUUGCAGAGGUAGUAUUUGGUAAAAAGUUGAGUUUAGGUGAUUUAUAUAGUGAAGAUGAAAUUGAAAAGUAUAUUUCUGAGAAUGUAUUAGUUUCACCAGGCUGUGAAAGUUGCAUUAGAAUGAAGAAUAGAGUGAUGAGUAUUUUGAGUGAUUCUGAAAAAUCUUUAAUGGUUCAGGUAUUAUGGUCAGAUUUAACGAAUAACUUUACUUAUAAAUUUAUUCCGAGACUUCUCUCCAAGCCAUAUAAUAUGGGGGAAUUGGGUUCAAAAUUUAACAAGGUAGUUGAGAGACUUAUUCUUAUGAAUAUUGAAAAAGAGGACAAUAUGAUAAAUUUACCAAAGGAAAAGCGAGGAAGAAGGGACGAUUUCAGUAAGACAUAUAUUUUGCCAUGCCAACAUCCUGGCAUCUACUCAACAAAUAUUCAAUGUUUGGCCCCAGUUGGAUCUGACCAAACAGGAUUAGUUAUAAUUGAUGAGUUAAGCAGACUUUUACAUUGCAAGGAACUCAUUAUCUGCCAAAAGUUUUUAAAUAAAAGUCAGUUUCAGAUUGGGAAUCUGUACAGAUACGAGUUAAAUUCUUUAAUAUGGGGGGUAAACGGGACUAUAUACUAUACAGGAGAAGAUAAUGAAGUAAAUUAUUUCAGUUCUAAUAAAGAGACGCCACCGAGUGCUCAUUUUAAUAUAAAGUAUUCACAUCCAGAGCUCUAUCUGCCUUUAUCUAAUACUCCACUUACUUUUGUAAAGGAGCCAGGAGAAUUAAGAAGAAUGAUAGACGACAUUUUGAAUUCAAUGGAAUCUUACUAUAACCAAAGCAAGGAUAAUGAAGAGAAUAAUCCUUUUCUUCUUGCUAUAGAUGUUGAGCACCAUUCUAACCAAAGUUAUAAAGGGUUUGUUUCACUUAUACAAUUAAGCACAAGGACCCACGAUUACAUAAUUGACCCUUUUAAUCUCUUUAAUGAAAUUCAGAUUCUUAAUGAAAUAACGGCCAAUCCAAGGAUUUUAAAGGUCCUUCAUGGGUCAGACUAUGAUAUAAUUUGGUUACAAAGGGACUUCUCUGUCUAUAUUGUAAAUAUGUUUGACACCGGCCAAGCAGCCAGAAUUCUUAAUACUCCAGGAGGAUUCUCACUUAAGAACUUGUUGAGCAUAUAUUGUUCCCUGGACAUUGAUAAACGUUUCCAAUUGGCAGACUGGAGAGAAAGACCUCUCACUAGUGAGCUAAUAGAGUAUGCAAGGGGUGAUACACACUAUUUACUUUAUGUUUAUGAUAUCAUGAAAAAUCUUUUGUUAUUACAUACACAUAAGAAGAAUGAAUUUUCAAUCCUAGUUUCUGAUGCUUUUUUGGAAGUGAAUAAUGGAUUUAUUGUAUUAAACCAAAACCAUCUAGAAAGGUUUAAUUUUGGCGAUUUUGUCCAAGAAGGAUUAACUAACGGUGAAAGUAAAUUGAUAAAACUUACAGAUUUGGAUCCAUCAGCACUUCUGACUGUACUUCAUAAUAGUCGCCAGAUUUGUUUAAAAGAAUACUUUGAAAAGCCAAUAGAUAUUUGGAAUUUUUGCUUUGGAAUUAGGACAAAAAUGCCAAAGUCUAGUUACAAGACUCCCAUAGAUAGUGCAAUUAUCACCUUGAUAAGUUAUUAUUUGUUUAUUUGGAGAGAAUCUCUUGCAAGGCUAUUGGAUGUUAGUAACAAUUAUAUUUUAAAAGAGUCAAUGAUUAUUAAAAUUUGCCAAAAACAACCAAUGAAUAGUAACGAGAUUCUUGGGUUAUAUCCAAAUAUACCAGCUAAUAUUAAGAGACAUUCAGAAUAUAUUUUGAACAUUGUAACCACAGUAAAAAAUUUUGUUACAUCAAAAUCCGAAGAUGAACUCUUUGAUUUUAACUCUUAUAUUUCUCAUAUUUACUCAAACAUUGCGAAUAAUGAUACUAAUUCCAGUGACUCAAACAGGUAUCAUAUCAAAAACAAUUAUAGGGUUGUUUCUAAGGAUGAUACGACCGAUUCACAAGGUACAUCUUGUAUUAAGAAAAGUGAUUCAGUUGGGAUGGAUGCCAACACUGAUUCUAAUAGAGUUUCCUCUUUGAAAAAAGAAGAAAUCCCAAAAUCUGAAAAGUCAUUAAGUGAUGUCUCAGCACAAGAUACUCCAGUUAGUAGUAUAACCAAGAAGAGAUCUGUCAUUAUUAAGAAAAAAACUCCAGACUCAAAUGAUAGACUUGCCGAUAAUCUUUUUGGUAACUCUUCUAAAAAUUACAAAAAGGAAGUAGAUCCGAAUGUUUUACCUUCAAAUAUAAAUAAAGAAGAAGUUUCAAGUAGGAUCAUUCGGGGUAUUAAUGGUACACUAAAUGGAGAAGUACCCAAUGAUUUUAGAAACAUAAAGUUAAAAGACGCAAUGGAAAGUAGUUCAACACCGGUUAAAAACUCAGAAAGUCCCAAAGAAGCAAAUAGUAAAAAGAAAAUAACUUUUGAGGAAUACUACUCCGAGAAAACUGAAGAAGACUUAUUUGAAGAUGAUAAUUUUACUCCUUUAGUCUCAGUUAGGGAUAAAUAUAGUGAAACUGAUGAUUACCUUUACAAAAAGCGAAAAACUCGAAAAAUUAAAGUUGAAAAUGAUCAGGAAGUUCAAAAUCUUAAUCAAAACCCCUCAUCCAAUAUUAAAGAAAGGCCUGAAGGCAAUUCUCCUGACCUUUCUAGUAUUAUCAAAGAAAAUGCAGACAUUUUACCUGCAAGUUUUGCAUGCAAAUCUGAUUUACCUGGCUUUGUUAAAAAUAGUCAGAAAGAGGGAAAUGCGAAUAAAUCAAAAAAAUUUAUUGAAUCAAUGAAGACUAAAAAGUGGCAUAAGAAGAGGUAG